AUGUCCACACCAAGAACCCCUCAGCUCAGCUUAUUGUCUCAGUAUCAAAAUCCUCGCUCCCUGGUCUCGGUCAACCGAGUGGGGGAUUCAUACGGUUUCAGGGGUGGUCUAUAUCUAGAUCUUGUGGAAAUUUCUGUUGUUGGUUCUUCUCUUUCAGAUAGUUAUGAUGAACCAACAGAACACAUAGCCUAUUUCACAGAUAAGCUAACAUUUGACAUGCAUAGUAAAAGCACCAUAGCAACUAUCUAUAAUGACAUCCACCUGCGCCGAGACAAACUAUCAUCAUGCUCUAACUUAGUCCAAGUUCGUCACUCGUCCCUUGCAUGGUGUGUGAACUCGGACCACAGAACGUGGUCAGGUGGUUCCAAGGUUAAAAGGGAGGACAAUAGUGUAAACAGUGUCACAGAUGAAGGGCAACAAGUAGAAUAUGUUGCCUCCUUGAGAAACAAUCAUAUCAUCGUGCCAUUGCAAAAUUCGUCGAGUCCAAUAUACCCCAUCGUCCCAUCAACCUUGGCCGACGGAACCCCUUGCAUUUCAACUGUCACAGACCAUCUAAACUCAAGGGACAAGUCAACUGACGGAGAUGUGGAUUGCAUGGUAAUCCGCGAGCGGUUUGUGUCAAGCUCGUACCAUGUGCGCCCUUCAUUACUAUGUCAUGGCUAUAUUCAAACUGCGUCUCCUACAGACGCCAAAAUCCAGAUAAUACACCGCCGCGAUAAGUCUCAUCCAUCCCCUUUGUUUGCCAUACUGACAAGUGCUCGUUCCCACAGCUUCGGUACCGUUCCUCGCAAUGCCAUCAAGCAACCCAUGCCCAACAAGAUAGCAGCUGAGCCGGUGAGCCGCUAUCUCCCUCACAUUAAAUCUCAUCAUUCCGCGUCUGGUAUUAUUCCAAAGAUUUCGCUACCAGGGUAA